AUUAGUGGUGACAUCAAUGUUGGCUUUCCCUGUGGAUGAGGCAAAAACCUCGAAACUUUACAAAGUAGAUUAUUUGUACUCUGACUCCGAAGUCGAAGAGUUUACAUUUUUCCCAGGAACCCAGGAAAAAGAAGAGAUUUUGACAGAUGAUGAUGAUGCGCGCUAUCCUUUACUUACUAAUCUUUAUUUAUUUAUCAUACCAUGACAUAAACAGAUAGGACCGUGAUAAGUAGAGGUAGCUCGACUUGAUAUUUACUGGCACACCAUGUCUCCUCGUGGCAUUCCCUGAACCUCAUACUUUAGAAUCUCAGCAAAAGCCAGGAUGUGUGCUUAUUGUAGCAGGACGCAUGGCAGCCACCCUGAGUUUUUGUAUGCCACUCUGUUAUAGAGACCAAGUCCUCCUUCCUUCUCUCUACUUGUCUAAAAAGUAAAGUCCAAGCGUACUUAAUCGUCUUGCUUUGUUCAGAAGGUGUCUGCUAGUGCUUGUGCUUCUUAGGAUCAGCAAUAGGAUGAUUACUUCUUUCAGGGAUUUAAGGGACUGUUAGACAGAUUUUCAUGUUUUGGAUCAUGGAGAGGUCUGACCUGGACCUCGUUGGCAUUUCAGGAUUGCCCACAGAAGAUUUCAUCCAGCAAAGAUGGAUUCAAAUGAUAAAAACAUAGAACCUGUAAUUGAUUUAGGAUUUUCCCUGGGUUAUUCCAAUCAGUGCAUUCAGAGAAGAUUGAAGAAUGAUUCAGGUGCAGGUGCAAAUGCAGCUUCAAGUGUAGACAUGACAUUUGUGGCCACCAAUGCCCUGUCUGAACUAGUUUGGUCUCCAAAGAAAGGUUUGAGUCUUAAAUGCGCUGAUGGAACCUUCCCUGACAAAAAACCCUCUCUGUUAUGGGGUGCAGGACCAAGUGAUAUGGUAAUUGGAUCAAAAGCUGACAAAGCUAUCGGCAAAAAAAAUUUCAUGGCUCUGGAAGAAUCUGACGAGAGUGAAGUUGCUGGAAGAGACAUCCCCACAAAGUUCGUUACAAGUGAUACAGGCCUAUUUCCGUUGUUAAGUGAAUCAAGGCAUAAAGUCAAAAUAGCAACUGAUGAUCUCGAGGAGGAAAUGAAAACAGCAGUUGGGCUACCUUUUCUGCAGAAAAUGGAUGAUGCAAGAAACAAUAAAGCAGAAGAUAUUUAUGAUCCGAUCAAUCUUCAAGUAGAUGAAAUAUCUAGGACCUGGGAAACCAAAUUUCCAAGUUUGUCAGAUGAAACGAAACUGGAUGUGGCACAAAAUGGCCCAACUUCCAAGGAACCUACUGUCAGGAUUGGAUGUGUUGGUGAUGCAAGUCACACAUUACAGACAGAAAUUGUUUCGGCCUCACAAGUUUGCUCUGUGGAAGAAUGUGAUUCUUAUGACACUAAUAUGCAGAAAGCACCAUCAGUAGGAAGAGAACAUUUUGAAUCACCUUCAUGCAUGGAAAAAGAGAGAGAGAAUAAUAUGGAGACUGGUCCCUACAUCUGUCCUCUGGAAAAACUGGAGUCAACUGCAGAGAACGAUUUUAAAACUCCUCAUAGUGAAAAUGUCUGUGAUGUGGCAACUGAGAUUGUAGGAUCACGAACUGCCAAGGAAGUCCGGAGUAGCUCUCAGCAGGAUGAUGAGAUACUUCCUAAAGACAAUGAUUGUGCCAUUAAACAGUCUCCCACACACAGCAGAACCCGGAGGUAUCAAAUGAAAGGCAAGGCUAAGGCUUUAUCUGAUGGAAAUUUAAAUGAAAGAAUGCUGGACAUGGAUGAUGACAGCCAUGAAAGUGUUGAAAGUUGCAACAGUGUUGGGUUAUUUUCUACUGGCAAAAGGCAACGGAACUUUGAUCCACAUUCGUAUGUUGGGAGCAAAAGUAUCAAAACUAAAGUUCAAGAAAGUCCCGGUUCCUCUUCAUUUGUUAAACAUGAUAGUUCAUUCAUGAAUUGGAUCUCAAACAUGAUGAAGGGGUUCUUAAAAUCAGAUGAAGAUGAGGCACCUUCUCUUGCUCUUACCCUUGCAAAUCAUAAGCAUGGACACGGGGAUCGUGAUAAGAAUCUCAUUUCAUGUAACAGAAAUCAAGAUCAAGGGUGCAAAACUACGGGAUUUCAUUCGCUUUUUCAGUCAUUGUAUUGUCCCAAGACAAAGGCUCAAGAAACUGUCGCUUUGAAUGCCAAUACUCAAACGGAAGGAUCUAAAGAACUUGGGCUGGACAACAAGAUCUGUGACUCUAAUGGUACUUCAAUAGCCUGUCAUAUGGUGACUGACAAUGUGUACAAACGGUUUCUUCAACCAAAUGAGAAGUUAAAUGAGUCGACAUCUGGAAAUGGUACAGCUCCACCAGCCUUGACCAAACUUCUAUCCACCAAUAUUGCUUCUGGUCAGGAGAUUGGCGGGAGUAACUCUGCAGAGAAAAAAAUUUCAUGCAGCAUGGCAACUGAUAAGGAGAAAGAUGGGACAAGCUCCAAUUCCUCUCCGGGUAAACGUAAGAGGAAUGAUGAUGAACAGCCAUCUGAAGGCAAGGCCACAAAUACUUCCAGGUACAAAAGUGACCCACUCACAAGCUUGUGGAUAACUCGGCUUUCUCCAAAAACUUCUGUUCCAUUGUCAAACCAGGAUCUUUGCCGCAGAAGAACUGGCAAAGCUCUUGAUGGCUUUGAUGAUUUCAUAAGCCCAAAGGCUCAGUGGCAGAAUCAUCCUUCUUCUUACCAAGAUAAAAAAAUUGUGGGGGCUAGGGAGGAGGAGCACUUCACUGAGGACCCGGUAUGCAUGCUAAAUUGUGCCAACAGUACUGAAGUUUCAUUUAGCAUAACUAAAGUAAAUGGACACCAUGAUGAGAAGUCCAUGUGUAAAAUGAACUCUACCUUGCCUUUUUCAAGAUUCAGAAAUUCAGAGGCGAUGGCUUCUGUCUUUGCAAGGAGAUUGGAUGCCCUCAAGCACAUCAUGCCAUCAUACGGGACAGAUGAUUCUUCUUAUGGAAACCUGGCAUGUUUCUUUUGUGGCAUUAAAGGUCACCAUGUGCGAGAUUGUCCAGAGAUAAUAGAUAGUGAGCUUGCAGAUAUUCUAAGAAAUGCUAACUCAUUUAAUGGAGCAAAAGAAUUUCCCUCUGUGUGCAUAAGAUGUUUCCAGUCAAAUCACUGGGCUGUUGCAUGUCCUGGUGCCUCUUCAAGAACAAGACAUCAAGCAGAAUAUGGCGCUUCUCUGGUCCAUGAAUCCAGUCCUUGUAAAAUUCUGCUCAAUCCAAGAAAUGAAGACGAUGCAAAGCAUUCAGAUGGCAAGGAUAGUCAAUUGCAAGCUGCUGAUGCACCUACAGUUCGCAAUGGGAAAUUGCAUGAAGCUUCUGCCUCUGGGGAAAUGAAUAUGAAUAUGAAACCGUUUGAGAGAGACACUGCUUCAAGUUCUGGGGAAAAGAAGUUGAAAGAAAACCAGGUCAUGCCUUUGAGCAAUUUUAUCAAUAGCCAGAUACCGGACGUACCGAAGGGAAUUUUUGAUGCAGUAAAAAGGCUCCGUUUAUCUCGAACAAUUAUUCUCAAAUGGUUGAAUUCUCAUACACCAUCAUCACAUCUUGAUGGCUUUUUCCUGCGCUUGCGGCUUGGGAAGUGGGAACAGGGACUGGGGGAAGCUGGGUAUCAUGUAGCCUGCAUUACUGGAGUUCAAAGUCAGAGUUCAAAACAAAAGUUCAAAAAUUAUAUUGCUGUAAUUGUAGGUGGCGUUAAAUGUUUAGUUGAGAGUCAAUAUAUCUCCAACCACGAUUUCACCGAGGGUGAGCUAAUGGCAUGGUGGUGUGCAACCUUGAAGGAUGGUGGCAAGACACCCUCCGAAGAAGAUUUAAGAUUGAAAGUUGAAGAGAUGAAAAUGUUAGGGUUUUAGGCAGAAAUAGAUUCAGGUGUCGCUUGCAAAAAUACAUAAAGUGAGAACAAAGCGCUUGACUAAGCCUCUGCAUAUAUAGUUUUGAUUUGUCAUUUCUAUUGCUUCUCAUCUGUCCCUCUAAACAUGACACCAACGUCCAAUUUCAAGUACGUUUGGCAUGGAGGAAUGGCCAGGGAGAGAAAGCUUACCUCGAUAUUUGUGCUGAUAGAACCAUAGAUUCUUUUGUUGUUACUGUGUGUGUUUUUUUUAAUUAAGAUUGAUAUAUAACAUGAUAUGUUUACCCUCA